AUGAAGCUGAACUUCCUCCUCGCCGCUGCUUUCAUUGCCGCCCCUGUUUUGGCCGCUUCCAGCACCACCGAGACUCACACCUCCACCAAGACCGGUGACCACUCUACCACCACCAAGACAUCCACCGAUACCGCCAAGGCUAGCCAGACCGGCUCUACCAAGACCUCCAAGGGCGCUGCCCCUACUAUGGGUGCCGAUAUCCUCGGAGUUGCUGGAAUUGCUGGCAUCAUUGCCGCCAUGGCUGUUUAG